AUGGCCGCAGUCACUCCCGUCUAUCCUUGGCUAACCAUCGCGUACUGCCUUGCAUCAGUCAUGCUAUUACUUGUGCUACUGACGGGCAUCAUCCGCCAGAACUCGAACUUGGGCGUCACCCUCUUGUGCUUCUGGCUUUUCUCCGAGAACCUGACCGCUGCUGUCAACACCGUCGUAUGGGCUGACAAUGCCGAGGUCAAGCUGUAUGUUUGGUGCGACAUCGUGUCUCAUCUGCGAGAGAUUGCGUUCGUCGUGAAGCCCAUGGCGACGCUGAUCAUCACUCGCAGGCUGUUUCUCAUUGCUACCAGUCUACAGUCGACGGACUUUGCCAGGGAGGCAGUGAACCGCCGGGAUAUCGCCAUCGAGUGGAUUCUAGGUCUGGUCAUCCCCUUGCUGGUUGCUGGUCCCAUUUACUACCUGAACCAAUACGCUCGGUUUGAGGUCGACGAACGCUUGGGAUGCACGGAUGCCACGUCAUUCUCGGUCGUCGAGCUUUUGACCAUGGAGUCGUGGACCAUACUUCCUCCUCUGGUGUCCAUCAUAUUCUAUUAUCCCAAAGUAGUGCGGGUCUUCUAUCGGCAGGUCAGAGAUCACAGCAGCACCCUGUACAGUCACUACUCCGCAUCCGAGCGCACGAACUACAUGCGGAUACUGCUCCUCGCCAGUGUCGAUAUACUGCUCACUCUACCCUUCGGCAUCGUCAACAUCACCUUAAAUCUUGUAGCGGCACUGUCGCCGCCCGCGUUCUUUCCUCUGUACCUGGGCUGGUCCCUCUUGCACUCUGAUUGGGAUCCGGUGGUCUAUACCUACACCGAUCAGCAGAUCAUCGGUUCAGCUAAGCUCGCACAAUACUACUUCACGUCUUGGACAUCGCCUGUUCUCGCCUUUGCCAUCUUCGGUCUCCUCGGGCUUACGCGGGAAGCGCGCGCAUCAUACCGGAGCGUUAUCUCCGCAGUGUGCGGGCGACUGGGAUGGAAGAGAGCUUUGUGGGCGCGGACCACUGGACACUCUUCGCUAGGAGAUAUCGAGUUCGGCAUGCGACCCACGAGCACGUCUAUGUUCGACGUCGAGACAGGAACAAGGCAUCCGUCGGUGCUGAUAUCAACAGCUGCGGCGAAUCGAGGUUUCAUCAUCUGUACAGCUAGUGAUUCGAACCCCACGAGUCGCUAG